UAGUAUUUGUUACGUUUGUUGGUGACCGGUAAAUGUACAAAUCUCAGCCCGUAGCUACAGUCAACAUAAGUUUGUGACAAAGCAAUUAAAUGGGGUUCCAGAGUAAAGAGAGACUUGACUAGCUGACACUAUGUGGGGGCGUUUGUCGAACAUGGCACAGAAUGUCCAGGAAAAACUGGACACUGUGGUCGACAACGUCAACAAAUCUGUGAAUGUGGCGGAUGAGAGCAUUGAUGGGGCUUCUGGGGAUGCUAGUUUCGUCUCUGCGGCUGAUGCUAGUUUCGCAGAAUCGUCUGACGCCCAGGAUCAGCUGACUGAGCAGAACAAACUUCUGAAUCAACUGAAGGACAUGAUCAGACAGAAAGACAAACAACUUUUGGAAAGCAAUGCCAAGCUCUCCAAGUUCAAGCUACAGGCUAAGGCCAAGAUCACCUCCUUGACGAGUCAGAUUACAGAGUUGAAGAAAGGAGGCGCGGGUGCAGAAGGACAAGAGGACGCCUCUAUUAGCAAGACGGAGGGAGGAGAUGAUGCCGCAAGUCGGGGAAAACUCAUCGUUCUCAAGAAGAAGCUUGAGGACCGUGAGAAAGCACUAUCUGAGAACUCUGCCCUCCUUGAGAAACUUGAACACAGCGUCAACGAGAAGCAACUCAUCAUUGACACUCGCGAGAAACAGCUCGCCGAGAAGGGGCAACUUAUCGUUGAGAAGGAAGACUCAGAACGGAAGAUGCUGGCUCAGAUCCAAGUGAUGGAGAAAGUCCUUGAGAAAAGGGAUGCGGUGAUUGAAGCCAUGAGGAGCGGAGGAGUGGGCGUGGUCACUGGUGGGGAGGAUGAAACUGACAACAGCCAGAAAGUUGAGGAAUUACAGAGCCAACUAAACGAAGAAUCAACUCGGGCAAAGGAACUGUAUGCCCAACUGGUCUACAAAGAUAAAAUGGUGAUGGAACUGAACAGUAAAGUCUUAGAGCUCGAAGAGCGUGCCCAUGAACUGCACGAGCAUGUAAAAGAUAAGAACGAGGUUGUGCAGGGUCGGGACAAGGUUAUACAGGUCCUACAGGCAGAAUGUAAGCAGAAAGACCAAGCCAUCUCUGACUUCAACAGGGUCCUGGACAAGAUGCGUGAGAAGAUGGAAGGACCAGACGAGAGAAUCAGCCAACUCACCGCAGAGAUAGAACAGCGGGACGCCACCUUGGCAGCAGAGAAGGAACGCUCAGAGACAGAGAAACAAGAACUUAUCCGAUGCUGGAGAGAGGUCCUAGAGGUUGCGAGGCAACGCCGGGACCAGCUGGAGUCCCUGCAGACGGAACACAGACGAGAGCUCUCACAGCUGGUGGGGAAGUCGAGUGAUGCUGGGACUAAAGCUCUUGAAAGGAGAUGCCAAGAGGCUGAAGAGAUUCUUUCGGGAAAGGUGAGAGUCUUGGAGAUGUUGCAGACAGAAAUUGGAGAGAAAGAGAAACACCUCUUGGAGCAGGGGACGUCUAUCAAGUUGCUGACGGAGAAGCUAAAGACCAGUCAAGAUCAGAUGCAAGCUCUCCAGGAGGAGUUGGUUGUCAAGGACGAGACUUUGAAGAACGAGAGAGCUCACUUGGAGGGUCAGAUCCUGGAGAUUAGAGAAAAACAUGAAACUGAGUUAGCCGAGAAGACAAACGCUGUAACCGCAUUGCAGACAGGGCUUCAACAGUAUGAGACGGCUUACAAUCAGGCUGCUGCACAGUACAGUCAGGUCACAGACAACCACAACAAGAUCCAGUCGGAACUGGAACAGACCAGAUCUGAGCUUGAUCAGAGCAAGACUGAGUUAGAACAAACCAAGACUGAACUGGCUCAAACCAGAUCAAGUCAGCUGGAACAAGAGCGGUCACAACUACAGGAAAAAGAGGCAGAAAUUGAAAGACUGCAGCAACAGGUCAAGGAGAAGGAAGAAGAGAUCACUGCAAAGGUGUCAGAAGUUCAGGAGUUAAACAAGAAGGCCGAGGCCAAGUUUAUGAAAGUGAAAGCCCAGGCGAAGGCCAAGAUCAAGUCGCUUGAAGAAGACCUGGAAGAGCUAAAGAAGGCGGACUCGAUGGCUGAGGAGCUGAGUGAGUUGAAGCUAAAGAUAGCUGAGCUGGAAGAGGAGAAAGGAAACUUACAACUCAAACAGAUGGACUUUGAUGAGAACAAAGCACAAAUUGACUCCUUGAAGGAGACUGUUCAUAACCUUGAAGAGAAAAUCAAGAAUGUUGCAGAGGAGAAGGAUGAGCUACGCAAGAUGAUCGAGACCCAGUCCGAGGAGCGGCUUGAGAUGGAGACUAAGAUGACCCUGCUGCAGUCACAGUUAGACCAGAACCAACUAGAGUUGGACCAGCAGCAGGAGGCGAGGAUCCAGGCUCUCACAGAGGAGGUCUCUCGUCUCAAGGAGACAUCCCAGGAGGCGGAGGAGUCUCGAGAUGCUGAGAUGAAGACUAGGGUCAGUGUCGAGACUAAGCUUGUUGCCCUCAGCGAGUUUAAAAAAAGUGCCGAUAAAUUAAUGGCCGGACAAGAAGAGACGAUAGCGUCGCUGAAUGAUGCUAAGCUUAGUCUUGAAGAGUCUCUCUCUAACAUUGAGGCACAGCGAGAUGAGCUCAAGGAGGAGAAGGUCACGAUGGAGCUGAAAAUGGUGCAGAUUGAAGAAGAGAAAGACGGUUUUGAGAACCAGGCAGCAUCUCUCAAAGAUGCUGUGGAUCAUCUUAAGGAGACGAUGGAGAGGGAGCAUCUUCCUCUGGCCGAGAUGGAACGAGAGCGGGAAGCAUUCCAGGAGAGACUGCAACAACUUGAGACAGUCAGGGACGACCUUGAGAGAAAGCUCGAAGCGGAGAAGGUUUCGAGAGAGCAAUUGGAGGCCGAGGUGGAAAUGUUGAAUGCGUCAAAGACACAGAUGGAGGCCGAGUGUCGGGCAUCCCAGCAGCAGCUUCAAGAAACCCAGGAUCAGCUAGAAGCCAAGUCACUGGACAAUGAGAGAGUUGCACAGGCCUUGCAAGAUGAGAUUAAUGUCGGUUCGGAGCUGAAAAGUGAGUUGGAAAUCCUCCAGAGAGAAACAGAAACUCUUACAAAUGAGAAGGACACGCUUGCCCACCAGCUCAUCGACCUCCAAAAUCAACUACAGUCCUCAUCGGAUGAGAAAGAACAACUUCAAAAUCAACUGCAAGACGUGGAAGCCAACUUAGAAGAAACUGUGAUUAAACUCCGACAGAAAGCAGAUGAAGUCCAGACAUUCUGCGACAGAUUUGCUUCAAAGGAGACGGAUGUCGCAGAAGCUCAAGUAAGAUUAGAGGAGGAAAAGGAAAGGUCGGCCAAACUCCUUGAAGAGAAAACAACUUUGGAAGGACAAUUGGAUUCCAAAACGAUGGAUGCCGAAGGACUUGAGAGGGAACUGGAAAACCUUCGGUCAGUGUUUGCCGCAGAAAAGGGAGAACUGGACGCCGCCAUCAACGCAAAAGAUGGUGACUUAUCAGAGAUAGCACUUACUUGCCAAGAAAAGGAUAAAGAGAUUGCAAGACUCUCUCAGACAAUUGAUGAAAACAUCCAGGAUCUGUCCGAAAUGCGACAUCAGAUUUCUGAAAGGGAUUUCAAUUUAGGAACGUUGGAGAAUUCUGUAAGUCAGGCUCAGCGUGAGAUAGAGAUCCUCAGGGAAGGGCAAUCGACAGAGGGGAAGAAGGCGGAGUCCAGGAUGUCCUCCCUCUUAGAGCAAAUCGCUGAGCUAGAGUCAGAGAUUACGGGAAACCAGAGAACAAUCUCAGAACAGGAGAACAGGUUUCAGAGUUUGAGCUCACAGUUUGAACAGAAGUCUUCCGAGAUGGAGAGUGCGGUGAGAGAGCUGACCGAGUGUAAUAAGAAGUUCUGUCGCCAGCUUGAAGAGAAAGAAGGACAGGUGUCGUCCUUGCAGGAGCAGUUGAUGGCCUCCUUGAAGCUUGUCCAGGAUAAGGAAACUUACUAUCAGGACCUGAUAAGAACAGCAAAAGAGGGAUUCAGUUCUAUGCAAUCUUCUUUGACUACUGAAAUAUCCAAACUCAUGGAAUCUCUCAAGAUUUCAGAACAAAACUUAAAUAAGGUAAUGAUGGACAAUCAACAGAAGUCAGUCGCCAAUGAAGAACUACUGCAGGAUUUAGACUCUGCCAGUCAGCAGAUGGAAGAAAUUAAAGCAGUUUUGAAUGAUAAAGAGAAGGUCAUUGAGGAAUUGAACAAUCAGAAGCAACAAUUAGAGAAGAGUCUUGAAGAAAGAGAAAACACCUUAACGGAACAGUCUGCAUCCUUGAAUGAUAACUUAUCAUCUUUGGACCAACAAAGAGAUGAACUUCAGAGUCGCCUUCAAGAAAACCAACUCACAAUUUCAGGUUUUGAAGAACAACUUGAAAAACUGAAACAAGAGUCAGAGGAAGCCCACCUACAAAUAAGUAGCCUUCAAGAUCAACUUCAGAUUGCUCUGGAAGAAAGCCAGUCUAAGAAUUCACAACUAGAUUCACUCGUGGAGGAGGUUGAACACUUGAAAAAAGUUGCAGUGGAUUGUAAAGAAGAGUUUCAGAUAAAAGAGUCUGACUUGAAUAGACAAAUUGAAGAUUACACUCAGGAAUCUGUUGCAUCAAACCAAGAGAUAGAAAGGUUACAAGAGGAGCUGAAGCUGUCGAGUGUCAAGGCCGAGUCUCUGCAGGACAGACUUCAAACCGAAGUUGUUGCUGUGAAGGAAAACCUACAGAAAUCUUCAAUGGAAACCGUUGAGAAGGAAAAGGUCUUAGAGGAACUUCAAGAAGAACUAGCGAGAAGUAACAGGGCAUUUGAAGAACAGAAAAUGUCUAUGGAUGAGCUGUUGGCAAAGUCGAAUCAGAAGGAGCAACGACUUAGUGAUGAACUUGCUGUCAAAACUGAGAUGGUGGAAGACUUAACCCAGAAGAUCAUCGGCAAUGAAGAAAAGUAUUCAGAGGUUAUUCAAGACCUUGAAAAGAAGGUCGAGACAUUCACUGAGAAUUUGGAAGAGUACUCCCAGGAGGUAGAGAGCAAAAACAGCCUUAUUGAAACCUUGAAGACUGAGAUACGCGACAGAGACGUACAUCUAGGAGAUGAGGUGAUGCAUCUCAAGGAGCAAGCUCAAGUUGAAACGGCAAAGCUGAGGGAGGAGCUGGAAGAAAGAGAGCGUGGGUGGACACAGUUGAGAGAAGAUGCAGUGCAGAAAGAGGCAAAUAUGGCCAAAGAAAUAGCGUACUGGACUGAUAUGUAUGAAAAGACCACACAAGGUAUGGAUUUUCUCAGGAAGGAGACGGAUGAUCAAGAGAUUGGUUUUAAGAACGAGAUCGUGUCAUUACAGACAUCUAUGUCAGAAUUUACCAACAAGGCCUCCACUCUUGAGGCAUCUCUGAAUGAGAAAGAAACCAGUCUUAGUGACCUCAAGCAAGAGUUUGAGCAGAAGAAGGGCGACUACGAGGCAAGGAUUUCAUCCUUACGAGAAAAAUGCAAAAAGGUGAUCCAUGAGCGGAAUGAAAUGAGAGGUCUUCUUAAAAGUCGGAAGGAGGAAGUGGAGACCCUGCAAGAGAAGCUAGACAAUCAACACAAAGAACUGUCAGCUCAGGCUGAAGAUAAGUCUCAACAAAGUUCUGGUCAGAUCCAGAAAAUGGAAAGAGAGCUGGAGCAACAGGCGACACUCGUUGACACAUUUAAGAAACAGCUACUUGAAAGGGAUGAAGAAUUCAAUGCUGAAGUCGGCUCUCUGAACAGCAGCUUAUCGGAACUUAACAAAAGAGUACCUGAUUUGGAGGCAGCUCUUGAAGCCAAAGAGUCUCAGUUGAAAGACCUCCAAGAUCAGCUCCAGGAAAGAGAAGAGAAGCUAAAUUAUUUGAACGAGAGCUUCUCAGAGCAAGAGUCCAAGGUAUUAUCAUUACAAGAGCAACUCGUUCAAGAGCAAGAGAAGGUUGUGGUAGAAAGCAUGCAGACGACAGAGUGCGCAGCUGUACCUGGCAAAGACGCUGAGCUGGAAAGUGAGAAUGCAAAAUUAAAAACAGAGGUGGAAACUGCAAAACAGCGAUACGGAAAGCUUCUCAUAAAGGCGAAGGAGAUCAAAUCUAAAUCAGAUGUAGCUCUAAAAGAAAAAGAGAGAUUGGAAUUAGAAGUUGCGUCACUCACAAACAUGGUGGAACAGAAGGAUCAACAACUACUCAAUCUCACCCGAGAUGUUGAGAAGGAACAAACUGAGCUGAUGUCAUUGAAAAGAGUUUUGGAGGAAAGGGAAUUAAUAGUGAAGGAGAAAAAUGAGCAACUGGAAACAUCGGUCGAUGAGAACAAACUUCUUCAAUCGGAACUGCUAUCCUUGAAAGAUUUACUUGAGAAAUUAAAUCAUGAGCUUGAAAAUCUCAGUGCUGUUUCUGCCGAGAAGGAACGACUUGAGUCAGAAGUGUCAUCCCUGAGUAGUUUAGUGCAAGACAGAGAUCAAGAGCUGACACUUGCAAGUCAGUCACUUGAAGACUUGAAGGAAACUCAGGGUGCCCUCGGAAAUGAACAAAUAAAAAACUUCGCCCAAAUGCAAAAUCUUCAUAGAAAUGUAGAAGAUCUGGAAAGGAAAGUGAGAGAAUGCGAGAUGUUACUGAAACAGGCAGAAGCUGACAAGGAAGAUGCCUUGGAUGAGAAGUCACUUCUCGCGACCAAUGUUGAAAGUUUGAGAGCAACACUCAGUGUAGAGCGGACUCAGAUGGAUAAACAAGGUCAACUUAUAAAUCAGAUGAAAGACCAGCUUCAAGCUUCCCAAGAAGAGUAUUCAAAGGCACAAGACGAAGAGUUGCAGAAGAUCAGACAAGAACUAGAAGGAGAAAAAUCAUCGAACACAAAUUUGCAAGAAGAGCUUACUGAAACAAAAAGAUCACACAAAGAAGAAGUAGAGAAACUGUCAGCAUUCAUAGACGAGUUGAAGUCACAGGUAGAGGAUUCACAACAACAUCUGGAUGAAUUUGCAGGGAACAUGGAGAGGCUUAAUCAGGUGAAGGGCGAGUUGAAGCAGUCAUUGACAGAAAGUAGAGCAUCUGAGGAAAGACUCCUGUCAGAGGUCGAUAGGGUAAACAGUGAACUUCAAAGUAUAAUGCAAGAGAGAGAAGCCUUGAAACAGAAUCUGGACACAACCGCAAAUGAGGAAUCGAUUCUGGCUUCCAAACUAGAGACGGUAGAUCAGCAGAUGAUGCAGACUUCGGAGGAGAAAGAACAGCUACAAAAACUGUUGGACAAUAAAGUGUCAAGCGAGAACGAGCUGGUUAUCACUGUGGAUCAACUCCAUAAAGAGUUAGCACUGAUGGCUGCAGAUAAAUUGGAAAUGCAGAAGGAGAUUGAGGAAAACAGAAGGCGAGUAAAUGAGAUGACUCAGGCGCUGGAAGAGAAGGAUGCUCAGUUGAUUAAGUUUGCAGAGGAGAAGGAAGAGUUGCUAGCUGGAAAUAGUGACAGGGAAGGUAUGAUCGAGUCGGACCUUGAAGUAUUAAACAAGGAGUUGGCAGACACCAAGGACGAAAACAAACUCCUACAAGGUCGCAUUGAAGAGCACCAAGCCAAGGAGGAUGAAUCAGCUGUAAGACUUGAGGAGUUGUCGAAAGAGUUGACCCAGGCGACACAAGAGCUGCAAAAGGUCAGCAGUCGUAAAGAGGGCAUCCAGAGACAAAACGAGAAAUUAAAAGAAAGGCUGACCAAGAUUAAUGAGGCAAGAAAGACGCUUGGUAGAGAAGUGGAAGAACUCAAGCAGGAGAGGGAAGAGAAAGAAGGACUGGUGAAACUGAAAACUGAAGCGGAAUCCCAGAUCCUGUCGAUGGAGAAAGAGUUUGAGCAUCUGCGACUGUCAAGUGACCAGAGUGCCUCGGAAUCAUUAAGUCUGAAAGAAGAACUGGAGGCUACUCGAGACCAGUGUCACCAACUUAUUACAGACAAUGAAUCACUCAAAAGGAAAGUUUCAGAUUUGGAGAUGAUUAGAAAGCAAGCUACUUCUGUCGAGGCAGAAAGAGAUUCUGCUCUUAAUGACAAUUCAAGACUAUCCAGAUUUCUGCAUGAGCAGAAGGAGGAUAUAAAACAAAUGCAUUCCAAGCUACAACAGCUUGGCUCUGAGCUGAGGAAUUCCAAAGAUCAGUGCAACAUCCUUCAAGAUGACUUUGAUAAGAAAGUAGCUACGCUUCAGAAAGAAAACUCUGAUCUCACUUCCAAUGUUGAAAAUCUGGAAACUCGGCAUAAGCAAGCAAGUGAAGAUUACCAACGUUUGGUCCGUAGUUCUGAAGAAGAGCUUAAUAUGAAGAAUGCUGACCUUGAAAAUGCAAGAAAAAAACUUGAGAAUGAGAUGCUGGACCAGACUGCUCUCAGGUCUGAAAAGGAAGAGGUUGAAGUGCUCUUGGACAAACUUGACCUAAGGAACUCCCAGAUGGCAGAGGAACUUGCCGUCGCCAAGAAUCAGGCCAAGACAGCCUGGGAUGAGAAUCAGGCCUUGAAAGAGUUAGAAAUCAGGCUAGCCGAAGUUAACUCCCAGCAUGAAAACACAAUGGAAGAAAAUGGCAAGCUCAAAUCUCUGAAUGAGAAUCUCUUGCAGGAAAAUGAGGAGUAUACAAAGGAACUUGAAGAGUACAGCGACCAGAUGAACGAAGCCAGAGCAGCCGGAGUCCAGUUGAAGUCCGUAACUGCAGAGCUUGAAAACCUGCGACAACAUCUUGGCGAGCGUGAGCAUGUGAUCAUGGAGCUCCAAGUUGCAACCACCGAACACCAGGAAGAGCUCAACCAACAGAAGGCAUCUUGCAUAACUCUUGAACAAGAGAAAGAGGACCUGGCGGAGGAGGUGGAGAGAUUCCAAGGUGAGCUGGAAUCCUUCAAGACUGAACGUGACCGUCUGAGAGGAGAAUGCCAUCAUAUGACUGAAGCCAUGCAGAGAUACCAGGAAGAGAGUGAGCAGCUGGGAGGACAUUUAGGAGCGGCACAGCAGCAGAUUCAACAGCUGAGCGCAGAGAAUGAAGGCUUGAGGCUGAAGGCUCAGCAAGAAGGAACAGUUGACCAGCAGCUGAGGCAAUGGCAGGAAGCUUAUGAAGGUGUGAGAGUAGAGCUUGGAUCGGUUGAGGCAGAGAGGCUUCAAGCUCUGCAGAGUCUUCACCAGAGGGAAAUGAGAUGUGAAGAUAUGUCGAUGCAGCUCUCGGCUUUGGUGGAAGAGAGGAACAACUUGAGCAUCCAGUUACACAACUCAGCGAGAUCAGCAAAACAUCUUUCCAAGCAACUCCGACUCGCUGAAGUGGAACGAGGCAAACUUACUCAACAACUUGAAGACAAGGAGCGGACUUAUGUCAGUCAAAUUAUGGAGGAGCCAAUCAUUAAAGCCGAGUCUGCUAGCCUGCAGCAGAGUGCACCCAUUGGUGGCGUGGCUGACCAAUCAGAACUGAUUGACAUGAGUAGAAGCAGAUUGGAUGAUUCUGAACAAUCCAGGGAAGCCAUGGCCAAUGAGUUUGCUAAACUUGAGGCCGCCCUGCAGUUUGAACAUGAGCAACGCUUGCGCACAGAGGAUGCCCUAAUUCGUGCACAAGACCAAGUACGUCAUCUGGAGAGUAGGCCCCCGCAGACAACGCAAUCUAAAGCGCCCUCACAGGAGACCCAAGUCCAGAUGGAAGACGAUAAAGAGGAUACUCCACUACUCCUGCCGUACCAAGCUGGCCAUGUACUUAUUCGCCAAGCCCGGUCCUUCACCACCCACGUCAGCAAUUGGUUUCAGGGAAACAGUAAAAACUCCAAUCGGUUGUUGAGGUCACGACCCAGUCUACGAGCUGGAUUGAUGGUGUAUGCUGUGCUGGUACAUGUGUUCCUUGCGUAUCUACUGAUGUACUGCUGAAAUACAGAACGUGGAGAGAGAUGAUCUUGCUAUAGACUGUAUUGAAAAACCCAUUUGUUGCUAUGAAAGUCGCCAUCUCGUAGAGCAAACCAUAUGCGCAUCUUAACGUGUACAUCGAUGAAGCACGAAGCGUUCCAAGAGCAUAGAUGUUGAGUGGCUCAUUAGUAGGCUUCUGCAGGAACUGUCCAACCCAUCUGAGUUGUCGUUUUUUUGGAUGGUGUGAAUGGGAGACUUUUAGGAUGCUUGGUUGCAGCAGACUUACUGAUGUUGAGUGGCUCAUUAGUAGGCUUCUGCAGGAACUGUCCAACCCAUCUGAGUUGUCGUUUUUUUGGAUGGUGUGAAUGGGAGACUUUUAGGAUGCUUGGUUGCAGCAGACUUACCAAGUAAAUCCAUUGCUCUUGGUAAUGUGCACAGGCUCAGAUAUACGUAAACAAUGGACAUUUACCUGGUAAGUCUGCUGCCACCUAGUGUUCAAAAGUCUCCCAUAAAUGAACUUUGGUGGCUUAGGUUUUGCAACAUGGUGAAGGUAAUCCUGUUGAGACGUUUUAUGCCAAGUAUGAUUCGGAGAGGCAUCCACACUCAACUUGCAUUUUCUUAAAUUAACUAUCAAAAUGGCUGGCCUGUAUUACUCAACUGCAAAUGACUUAUAUUGGAAAAAUGUAUCAAUUUUGAGAUAUUCUCAAUCACGGAUGUAAGAAUUUUCAAUAUUUAUAUAACCAAGUAUCAAUAGGAGACUUUCCAACGCUAGGUGGCAGCAGACAUACCGGGUAA